UUUCACACAAUGUACUUGGGUAUCCGGAGUCGACAGAGUGGAGAGAAUGACAGAUGGAGGUUUUAUUGGAAAAUGGUGUAUGAGUAUGCAGAUGUGAGUAUGCUGCAUUUGCUAGCCACCUUUCUGGAAAGUGCGCCACAGCUGGUCCUGCAACUCUGUAUUGUUGUACAGACUCGUACACUCCAAGCUCUCCAAGGUCUUACUGCUGCAGCAUCCCUUGUAUCCCUGGCUUGGGCUUUGGCUUCCUACCAAAAGGCCCUCCGUGACUCCCGCGAUGACAAGAAACCCAUCAGUUAUAUGGCCGUUAUAAUCCAGUUUUGCUGGCAUUUCUUCACCAUUGCAGCAAGGGUCAUUACUUUUGCUCUGUUUGCCUCGGUUUUCCAGCUGUACUUUGGGAUCUUCAUCGUGCUGCACUGGUGCAUCAUGACCUUCUGGAUCGUUCACUGCGAGACAGAGUUUUGCAUCACUAAAUGGGAAGAGAUAGUUUUCGACAUGGUUGUUGGGAUAAUCUAUAUCUUCAGCUGGUUCAAUGUCAAGGAAGGAAGGACACGCUGUAGGCUUUUCAUUUACUAUUUUGUCAUCCUUUUAGAAAACACCGCCUUGAGUGUUCUCUGGUAUCUGUACAAGGCCCCUCCGAUCUCUGAUGCAUUUGCCAUACCAGCACUGUGUGUAGUGUUCAGCAGCUUUUUAACAGGCAUUGUUUUUAUGCUAAUGUACUAUGCCUUCUUUCACCCCAAUGGACCAAGGUUUGGGCAGUCACCAAGCUGUGCUUGUGAGGACCCUGCCGCUGCCUUCACCCUUCCCCCAGAAGUGGCCACAAGCACACUACGCUCCAUCUCCAACAACCGGAGUGUCACGAGCGAGCGGGAUCAAAAAUUUGCGGAGAGGGAUGGGUGUGUGCCUGUGUUUCAGGUGAGACCCACUGCACCCUCCACACCUUCAUCCCGGCCACCAAGGAUUGAGGAGUCUGUCAUUAAAAUCGAUCUGUUCAGGAACAGGUACCCAGCAUGGGAGAGACACGUGUUGGACAGGAGCCUGAGAAAGGCAAUCUUAGCGUUUGAAUGUUCCCCUGCUCCUCCACGGCUACAGUAUAAAGAUGAUGCCCUUAUUCAGGAGCGCUUGGAAUAUGAAACCACAUUGUAAACAAAGCAAAAACACAGCUUCAAGCAGCUCCAACAUCACAGUCCAAAUUAAGGGUUGACAGUAGGGCUGUAGGAACAACUCAACUGCGUACUAAAAGUAGAGCAGCAAGCUAUAGUGUUCUUAGUCUGGCUAUCAUCAUGAUUAUCAUUUGAUCCACUGUGUGCAGUCUGUCUGCAGGACACUGAUACAGCAGCAUCGUCUGAAAGCCUCAAAAAACCCCAAACCCUGACCCACACAUACAAAUCAGUCACAUCAGCUGGGGAACUCACCCACCACCCCUUACUGCUAUGAAACUCUGACUGCACAGUAGUUACAAUCAAACCAAUAAAAAGGCUCUGACCAGAGCUUUCAACUUCAGCCAGUAGUGCAUUUUAUUUUAGAAAUGAAUGAUUGAUAUUUCCAUAAUCUAUGGCAAAAACAAAAAAACCCACACCUUUUCAAAAAUAACAAAACUGUAGCACACGGUGUUGCUGUUAGGAAAACUGUUUUCUGGGGCAAAAAACAGGAGCUUAGCAGUCUUCAACAUUCCCAUAAAUCAACCAUUCAGGUUAGAAUAAGUUUGCAAAAUAGUUCUUGAUUAAAAAAAAAAAAGUCAUCAUAUUUAUAAGGCUGUCAAUGGGAAAUAAACUAAAUUCUUAUUAAUUAGGUCAUUAAAAUUAACACUACCAGAACUGUUUGUUUGCUGUGGAAUUUAAAAGUCUUUUUAAAAUGCAAUUUAACUUCUUGAUGUUAUUUUCAACAGAAACUCUAUGCAGCUCACUUCUGGUUUUGAGGAGAAAUAAGGAGCUCUAGCACGUAGUGAUAUUCAUUAAAUGAUAAUCAUGAUUCAGUGUUCAAUUUGAAAAAAAAAAUAAUUAAAAGAACAAGGAAGUAUAAUUUUCAUAUUCGAAACUUUUCGGAGAACCCCAUUCAGCUGUUUCAGAAGAAGCUACAAGGAGCUGAACACACUGAAACUUCUCUGUUUCAGGACUGAGAAUGCAUGAUUCAGUGUGUGAAUGUAUGCAGGUGUGACAAGAGACUGACAUGCCAUACCCUCCUAGUGCCAAACAUUGUAUAACUGCAAGGUUGAUAUUGCCCGAGGGACACAACAAGUGGCACAAGCCCUACUGGAAAAAGAAGCAGGAAAGACCAACCAAGCUCUCAAUGUGUAGAGACAGCUCUGAUUUUUCCCACCCAAGGUGAAAGUGAUGUCUUUUAAAGGCUUUCAGCCACCUCUUAGUAAGCAUAUUCACUGAAGCAUAGUAUAAACAAGUUAUGUGGAAGAGCCUCUUCUGCCUGUUCAAGACUGGAGUCGAGAUGUGUCUAAAAAUUAGAAUCUCUUGUAAUAGAGUGCUUUUGCUGCAAGCUUUUGGGUUUUAAAUACCUCCCUAAAUCUAGUUAAUGGUAUUAUACUUUAUGUUAAAAGUAUCCCCUGAUGGUGCUUUCAGAUGCAUUAAAGGUGCAAGUCAAAAUUUGAUAGUAUUUUUUUUAAAGCUGGUGCAGAGUGAAAAACUCAUGGAUUAUUUCAAUAUUUUUGUAAAGUAAAAAUAUGGUAUAAAAGGUUACUUUUUAUAAACCUCAAAUCUUUUAAUACAUUUCAUUCUCUUUAUAGCUUAGAUUUUAAGAAUUGGUCCAUGAAUUUUAUCAAAUGGCUUUUGCAGGUUGACACAAACCUGUUUUUCACACAUUAUGGAUUUGUUUUGCAGUGUAAUGCCAUAUGAAAGCCUACAUGGGUACUUUUAGAAUACUCUAUAAACUGUGGAUCCUGCUUCAAAUGUAAGUGGCUUGUAAAGACACCAAGUGAUUCCAUGAGAAACAAUUUGCUAUAACUAUUUCCAUCCAUUUUAGGAGAGCGAAGCAGAACUGAAGAGUUACUGUUGUAAAUGGCAUUGUCAGGAUGGAGAAGACCUGAUAAUUGGUAUUGUAAUCUUCACUGUCAGAUAUAUCCAGUGUAGUCACUGCUGUGUAUGCUGCUGGGUGAAUUUCUGUCUUUCCUAUUACCAAUAUUUGUACUAUGAAAUGGCCAAGGUUACACAGACUAUGUUUAUUUGUAUGCGUUCAAUUAGCCAUUUUUAAUGUUGACUUUUUUUAUUAGUGAAAUAUUCGAUACCUGUUGUUCUUUGCUGGGGCGAGUUCCUCAAAACAAAAACCUGUGGAAGUGCAGGAAUCUGCAAAGCAGAGGGAACUUUACACAGAUCAGAAAAAAACUAUGCUUCAGGGGUUUCUUAGGUAUUUUCAAAUUAAAUAAUGGCCAACUGCCUCUAUAAUUUUUUUUUUUUAAUAAAACAAAUGUUUGAUAGUCCAAACCUGAAGCUUUUUACAAAGUGAUUAUCCUUUUCUUCAUGGAGAUACAGCUCAUUAUUCAGAGAAAAGCACUCAUGUUUUUUCAGAAAAUAUACCACUUCAAGAACUGCUAAAAAAAGAUUUUGGGAGCAAGUCCUUUAUCCUGUCAUACUCAAUAGACCCUUCACUCCAGAAUCAAAUUCUAGUUUGCACAAGGGAAUUGCUGUUUUUCUUUACAAAGGAGGUAAAUGUAAGCUCUGUGAUCCAAAAUGUGAGGGUUUCUUUUGGAGACAAUUUGAAGUGCUUGCUGCUGCUUUAACAACUUGGAAACUGAAGCCUGAGUGAGGCACAGUGAGCAGCCUUGUCAAGCUUCAGUCUCACACCAGCACCUCCUGGGGAGAGGGGCAGCAUCGCUGGUGUCAGCAAGGCUCUUCCCUUCUGAUGUCCCUCUCAUCCUCUCUCUCUCCCUCAGAGCUGUGAGCCCUUUGGUCAGGCUUACAGAAUUGAAGAAAAGUUGCUUUGUAUGGAAUUUAAAGGGUUAAGGUCUUCACUGAUGCUUGCAUUGAAAGGUUUCUGAAGAAGGUUUGGGAUGAGUUUAUUUGAUUUGCUUUUAUUUGGUUUUGGAAGGAAAGACACAGGUGUUAUUUAUCCAUGUGGUUUUUCAUACCUAGCGUUUAUUUUCCUUAUCCUCACAGCAUUUUUAAUUUUUGUAACUAAUGUUUGCAAAAAUGUUUAUCUUAAACAAAUUACUGCAGGGUGUGAGUGCAGAAUGACGUAUAUAUGUGUGUUUGUAUAUAUAUUUAUACAUAUAUAUGCAGCACUACAUACACACACCUUGUCCUCAGAAUUCAAUCUGGCAGCUGGAGGCAGGGGUGGAAGUUAUGCUGCACUAAGUCAAAAUUUGCUCUCCAAAAUCUUGCUCUCUUGCAUUCAUAACAUCAAUGUUACCUGCACUGAGAACAGGGCAGUGACUGAAAUCUAAACACUCUGAUGACUACAUGGACAAUUUCCUAAUUUGCAUUGCUGUGGGUAGUCACAUUAAAAGCUGUAAGAAUUUUUUAUAGAAAUUUCCAAGAUUAAACAUAGUCCGUGCUGAAAUUCCAUUAUGGCCUUAUGGACAGUUAAUAAUCAAUAUGCACUCUUCUUUUUGCCACAGACAGUUCUAAAUUCAAUAAAGUUCAACUGAGACAGCAAUAGCAAAAAUAAAAUUAAAAUAAAGGACUUGCAAAAAACCUGAACUUUUGCUUUUGAAGUAAUGAAAGCAUCAGGCCUUUCAAAUUUCAUUUCAGAAUACAGGAAAAUAAAAAAGCUCAUAUUUUCAUAUUUGCAUUCUGGUAAAGAAAAGCAAUCACAUCUAUUUGUUAGAAGUAAGACUUAUGGGAGCAUUGUUCUAAUGAACCAAACAAACUUAGCAGCAGAUUUAAUGGUAAUUUAUCUGGUCAAAAACUUGGUCCUAAAAUUUUGAGAGCUGUGGAUUUGUCUGUUGCAGAAAAGACAAUUCAACUACUAUCACUAAUUAAAUAAAGGUAAUUUAUACCCAUGUUCAUUCAAAAAACAUGCAAGAAAAUGUAAGAGAAAACUUUUUACUUAUUUUAAAAGCUGUUUGUUCUUUAAUGGGAUAAUUUUUUCUUUAAGAAGUUCUUUACAAAUAUGUGCAAUACUUUCCUUCCCUGCAUAUUUAAUAAUGAAAAAAAUGAUUUCCAAUUUUUUUAUGUCAAUUUAAAUAUGCUUCUUGUGACAGAACAAUGUUUCUUUGCUUGGGUUAUAUGGACUUGAUGGCAUAUAUACAAUAUUUUUGUUGUCAAACCAACAAAUUUUCUAUUAAUUAAUUUUUAUAAAAUUGGAGAAAGUUUUCCUUCCAAAAUUUAAUGCUAGGUAGGCCUCAUCUGCCUGAUUUUGUAAACUUUUAAGCAGAGGAGGAAAAUUACAAUUUUACUGGCAAUUCAAUUUUUAAUAUUUGGUGAAUAGCUAUUAAACCUGUAUUAGUUUAAAACAUAUGAUGGUCUUUCCAAUACAUCAUUAUGUCCCCAAAAGAGCAAUUCAUAAGUGGUACUAAAUGUAGAAGUGCUGCUUUAUUUGGAAAGGAACUCCCAAUCAUGCAAUAUGCUCAUUUACUUUUUAUUGGCCAGCAAAUAUUCGCAACUAGACUGUUGGGGUGUUUUAGAACACAAACGAGUUUGAAGUGUUUGUGACUUGAUCCUAUCACUUCUAAGGAGCCUUAAAAGUGGCACUGUACUGAGAUGUAGUUGGCUCUGCCAGUGAUUCAGCUUCCAAAGCCGCUGCCCUUUCUCUGCUCCCUGCCUGAAGCUGUGCAAUCCAGAGUGACUGAGAUGCUGUGAUUUACUCUGCACCCCCUGCACUGCCUGCACAAUGCCAAGGAAAAGACUUCAGCAGAUUCCUGGGGUCCUACUGCUGCCUCUCUUACUCCUGUGCAUGGAGGGAAGCAGAGUAAAUUGCACCUGUGCAUCCAUCUAAACAAGCCUACGUAAGUUAAACCCCUACAAGAUGUGCAUUAUGAAAAUAAUCACAACACAUGCCCAUAAAUCUACAAGCCCAGCACCACAAUUACUAAUUCUGCAGUGUAACAAUGCAGGACAUGGGAAGAAUUGUCUACAAUACACAAUAAGCCAUUUAAUUUCGCUACUUGUAUUGAUUAUACUAGCUCACAUAGAACCCAUGCUCUCAGCUGAAAGCCAAAUGGAGUAAGUGGCAAACAGCCAUUUGUAUACCAGAGGCAUUAAGUUAUAAAAUCAUCCCUUAAUUGUUUAUAGAUUGUUUAUAUCUUUUCAUUACAGCAUUGAAUCCAUUCCUCUUUAUUCUGAUAAGAGAUAAAAUGCAAAAUGAGAACAGAUUCUUUUAUAUCUGGGAAUUAAAAAAAAAAAAGAACAACACAACAGAUUACUGCAGUUAACAUAUAGUGAUUUUUUAAAACAGAGUCUGCCAUCAUUUUCACUUGGCUGCAAAUUGCUGAGUGAUAUUUCUCACAUCUGGUGUGAGAAGGUUCCAUUGCAGGAGAGACAGAGAUGACAUUACAAAGCCUUGUCCAUGCAAAGUUAGGGGAAUGGUGUCAUCAUUUACACAAUGAUGACAUCAUUUACACAACUGUUUUAACACAUGAAGGAUCCCCUGGCACCAUUUGUUUUACCUCAGUGACCUCAGUGCAGAACUUUGGUGAGAUUUCUUCGCUGGUAUGAAUAUGUAAAAUCAGGCCCUGGCAGAGAGUGAACUACAUGAAUUCAGGCCAUGGUAGCAGAAGUCUUCACCUCUUUACUCCAAACUGAACUCAGCUGGAGAUUUGCUUAAUGCAAAAAAGCCUCCAUGGCUCUUGGCACAACCUGAAAUACAUACACUAAACUUAGUGCUGACUCAGCAUGAAUCAAAGAUUUCUUAUUCUUUCCUUUUUGGUUCAAACAUUCAGGAAUACACCCACUUUGACUGAGUUGCUCUUCUGUGAUCCUUUUAAGAUGACUUUGAAGAAUGUCUCUGAAACCAGUCUUCUCCAGUGUUUCUCACAAAAGCCAGUUCCUGACCAGUGCAUUCAUUAAAAGGAACUUUUUCUAAGUGUGUGAGCUUCAGCCCUGUACUUACAUUUUGCUCUGAAUACUUAGUAUUUCAUUCUUACACGGAGGAUCUUAUAUACCCAUUAGUAAACUGUGUGCCUAUUCUAAAUCCUAGGGCAAAGAGAACAGAUAUGCAAGAUUCAGGGCAAAAAAUCCUCUUCAGCACACUUAUGUGGUGAUUUGCAUGAGCCAGAGAAGCCCAAGAGAAGCUUGUGGAUAAUUACAACAGCCUUAUACAUGCAGUUGCUAUAUUCAUUGAGAGAGAUUUACAAGAAAUUGUGAUAUAAGUGACCAACUAAUCGAAAGAUCAAAUCUCAACUUCUAUAUGCAAGGUAAUAUUAAAAUAAUAUCAGCCAAGAAACUUUAAAGUGUAACCAAAAAUCUCAUUUCAAGGAAUGGUUGGAAUAAAAUUUAAAAUGUAAUAGAUUUGUCAGUGUAACAAAAUGCAACAUUCAUAGAAAGACAGGUAUGACUGCUGUAAGGUUUCCCUACUUGUAGGUUUCAGCCUCUUAUUAUUGAGUUAUUUCAGAUAACUUUGGAAGCAAUUGCUUCUGACAUGCUGCAGUUCUAGGAAUGCUAGCAGCUUUUCUACAUAAGAUCUGUUCUGCUAUAGGAAAGUCCACAUCCUUUUAACAAAGCAUUAAGUUUGGGGUAGUUUUUUGCACUGAACUAAACCUCACAAAAGCAUUUUUCAGCAUGAAAUAGGUGUGUCCACUCAGCCACUUAGUGUGUAACAGUACUGCAGAACAGAAUUUCACAAAUCAGUGAUUUCCUCAAGGUAAAAAAGCUGCUGGUUGAAUGUCUAGAAGAGCCUGCAGAGACAUAACACAGUGCUAAGGCAAGGCAUAGACUGUGUUUGUGUGCUACAAGUCUGCUCAGGGCAAAGCCUGGUCACAGUCCAGCACUCUUUUCCCACCUCAUGCACCAAAGAGGUCACAAAAUAGAGGAAAACCCUGUGCAUGAGCUGGAUGAAAGCCACAACACUUGGGGGCCUGGCAUGCUUCAGCACAGGUGCAGAGGUUGGUGCAGGCACAUCAGGGGUCUCAGGCUCGUACUGUGUUCCUCCCAACUGCACCAACAAGGAGCUCCUGAACAUUUCUAAUUCCAGAUCACCAAGGACUUAAAAUUCGCCUCCUGGGCUUGGUCAGAUACAACUUGGUCUUCACAGCUCAGCUCCUAUCUCCCACCUAAGCCUGCCAGGCUCACACCUCUGAGCAGGUAUUCUCCUGCCCAUCUUACCUGGAAGAAUUGGGUCCUCUGUGGUGCUAUCAGAUGGAGCUUUGCACUGAAAUACUCAUGAGGACUCUUCCAGUAGUAAAUUAGUGUUAAGCAGAGAGCUAGGGGAGAGCCAGAUCCAGUGAUCUCUUCAGCUAGCAAUGAUUCAUAUCUUUAGCUGCUAUCUCUCAGGGGAAGGAUAUAGGGCUGCAUGCUGGUGAGGAGAAGGGAAAUGCUCCCUGCCACAUAUUUUGAACUGUUCUUCCUCUCUGUGGAAAAUGUAAAAUGUAAGUGUGGACAUACAAAUGUAGACAUGUGCAGUAUAGACAUAAUUCUAGCAUUUGAUGUGUUCAGUCCCUUUAGUGUUGAGGACUCUGAAACUGCACCCAGCCACAGUAAUGUCUGCAGUGAACAUCUGGGGCAAAAGCAAAAUCACUCUGCUCACUUUCCAACCUGACCAAAAGCUGUAUGAACAUGGUUAGCACUGUGACAAAGCCUGAAUCUCUACAUGCUGCCUUGAAUCAGGUCUAUUAAUGCACUCACUCUGUGCUGCUCUAGCCACGUUCACAUGGCUUUUCUUUGGAGCUCAGACAGACUUUGUAUGGACACCAGAGCUACACUUGUAGCUUAUCUGUCAUUCCCUGAGCCCAAUUUCAUACACUUUGAGGUGCCAGUUCCUUUGCCAAACAAAGGUCAGUUUGGGCUGAGCAAAGGGCAAACAGGCUCUGUGCUAUCUAGAAAAGCAUGUGGAGCAGACAUAGCUUCUCUGGGCAGUACAUUUGAACCACAGCUGUGCACAAAUUGCCCAGGUUAUGGUGAAUGCAAGACAUUUCAGUAUCCACAACACAUAUAAUGAAUACUCUGUGUGAAAGUGUUUGGUUUUAUCAUAGGAAAAAUAGUAGGACCUUAUCUCAUGCUUGGGAGCAAAUUAACAGUUUCAAAUCCAUUUAUAUAUAUAUAUUGUGUGUGUGUGUGUGUGUGUUUCUGUAUACACAUGACAGUGAGUCCUGACAUUCUCUUGGGAUUCAAUCUUACAACUCAUUUAAAUCCUAAGCCUAAAACAAUAAAAGAAUCAGGAACAUUGUCAUCAAGGAUAACCAAGUGGGAACUGCAAAAAAGAAAAUUAUAUCCUUGGAAAAUACAUUCUAGUCAUUAUUGGAAACAGCCUUGUGAUUUAGUGUGCCAGCACUUUAAGAAAAAGUUAUGGAGAAAAUAUGUCUAAUGCUAUAUUUCAUAUCUUAAAUAUUUUGGUAAAAGAAUAGUGUAGUGAUAAUUGUGUGAAAUAAAAAAAGAAUUUAUCACAUUUACUUAAUCAAGGAAAAAAACAAUCAUACAGAAAGAUGGCAAAAGGAUCAAUUAAACUUUUUCAGGUAAUUAAUGUUGGUUGUAUUUGUUUCAUUAUCAGUUAUCACUGUCAGUAGUUUAUGAAAGAAAUAACCUGCAAUAAUUAGGACAGUUUAUUUGCAUUUUGAUGACUGAAGAACAAUAAUUAGGUUUGUUAUCCAACACAUAUGCAGUUUUCUGAUGCAAGCUGUCAGAAGGAAAGAUCUGCUCUUGCACAGAUUACGUACUGAAGAUAAUUUUCAAAUGCAUGUAUUUGAAAAUGAUAUUCCUGUCAAUUUAAAUGUACCAUACAUAUGCAGCAACUGUUUCUGAAAUUCUAGCUACUGAUGCUUUUUUCAAUAUGUUCUGCAUUAUUAUGUGCCAAUCCCAGACUGUUUCUCAGACAAUAUUUGAUGAGAAUUAAUUUAAAAUUUUAUGCAGCUGAGGAAGAGACUACUAGCCAGUGAAGGUGUUUGCUUCCCUGAGGUUCACAUGUAGAUCUAGAGUUCCUGACCUGUGUCACCAUUCAGCAUUAAGGACAAUGUUUGAAAAAACUAGUAGGUUUCCAAGGAGAUCUGUUACAUGGUCAGAGAGAUCUAAAAUUGUCGUGACUGGGUAGGACAAUGGCAGUAACUACAGAGGAAAAGUUCAAAAGUAGUCACUAAUGACUUACAACAUCAUUCCCUGAAUUUCCCACUUUUUGGGAUGCACAUUGUGCUCCUGUCAGCCAGCAUCCAGGUGUGUUGGGAUUGCUCCUGGCACCAGCACCAUCGUGUUCACUCUGGCUGAAAGUGAAGACAAGCAGCUCGUUUCCAGCUCCCUGGGUUACUGGGCUGGCCCAUGGGACAUAUUUCACUGAGAACAUUUUAGCUAUCACUGAGAUUUCCACACCAGUCUGGGCAGGAUUUAGCCUUUAAAAUGCACUGUAUGGACAAUGAAAAAUCUUCCUUUGUCAGCAGAGAGGGCAGCUGCCACUAUUUAUAGUCACAAAGUGCCAACAUAUUGUCAUGUAUUUGUGGCUGCUAUCGAUUCCUCCUUUUUUAUUUUAUUGGAACUGCUUGGAACUUGUCGAGCUGCGCCUAGGUUGAUUUGCAGCUAAUUAAUUCAACAGACAUUUUUAAUCUUGCAAAUCUGUGGCUUGUAAUGCAGUAAUCAAGGUCCUGUGAGCAAACAUUAAUCAGUUCAGGAAAAAAAAAAAAAAAAAGCCAUUGUUAGCUGUGUUCAGUGAGGUGCUCACACUGGAAAGAAAGAUCUAGAAGAAAUGCAAAAUUAGUAAAUUCAUCCUAGCUAGGCUUUCAUCAUUUAUCUUGUGUAACAUUUCUCUCUUUUAUUUGUUUCAUAUAUGCAAGGAGUUGUGUUUUAGAGAUUUCUAGGGCUGAGACAGCUUUAGUUACCAUCAAAGUUAAACUGGCCAAAUUUCCUUCUGGUCAUUUAUACAUCUUAUCAGCCAAAAAGUCAUUCUAUCCAGCAGCAGUGCAAUUUCAUUUCUGAGAUGACUGCCCUGAUUGUGCAACUGUUUAUCCUGGAGAAAUUACUGUAACAAAAAGCUUACUGCAUUUAGCCACAGCAUUAAGAACAGGGUGAAUGAAUGAAGAAAACAUUGUUUUUCAUUGCUUUUUACACAUAGGUGGAUUUUAGCUACUUUGACAUAAAGCAGAAGGUAAAAAAAAAAUAAUGCUGCUCAGAGAGAUAUCUGAAUAAUGGAAGGCUUGUGAUCAGCAAAGCACUUAAUCUUUUUCGUCAUCAGAAACAGUGUAGGUUAGUAUACCUGCAGUUUUAUAAAAUUCAGCAAGAAUGGGUGGGUGGUUUAAUAUUUAACUUAACUCUGGUACUACUUGUAGGAACACAAUUACAGCAAGAUGGGACUCAGCAAGAGCUGUGUCUUGGGACACUCCUGAUACAGAAUCUUCAGGUGAGAUGAUAUCACAGCCCAGUCAGGCUGCACAGGGCACAUGUGACUAAUCUGUACACACAUUUUAUUGUGGAACCAUCUCCUCUAGUGACCUUAACAAGGAGGCCAGAGAUCAAAAAGACAUGAAAGCAAAACGAUGAUUCCUCUGGUCAAGAUUAAGAAAUGUUUGUGAAACACAGUGGAAAAGCUGCCCCUGCUGUUUCAAUGGAUAAAAGGAGGAGCAGAGUCUUUUAACAGCAAAAAAAAAACACCCCAAAACUCAAACAAACCUUGAUGCCAAAAUCCUAUUUAUGGUGCAAUUACUCUCUCCCUGGGGAAAGACCUGGACUGAGAAAAUUCUUUGUGUGUUACAAACCAGCUGAAAUACACAAGGAGACAGUGAAAGAUACUUCUUAGAUAUAACUUUGUUCCUAUUGACAGGAGUUGUUUGUUAGCAAUAAGAUACAAAAGUGUCUCAAACUAAGGCCUGGGAGACGAGGAUUUUGUAUGGCUGUUAUGCCAGUGAUCGUUAGAUUUAGAAACUAUAGAUCUUUAGAAUAGAUUAUGGGUCAGAGAACCUUAUUGCCUUCCUUAUGGAGGAUAAAUCUCAGAUGGCUUCCACAAGAAAUACAAGGUUUAGAAUAGGCUCGAAAGAUGGUCUCUCCUGUAUAUGAAGUGUUAUAGGCUUGGUGUUGCUCAACUGGUUGUAAAUUUUCUCAUGCUCUCAGUUUCUCACACAGUACAUCCAUCAGCAAAUAGUGGAAUUGCAGAUGCAUGUUCAUUUAUUGCUAGUAGUCCUCACAUCCACUUCUUCAUGCACAGCUGAGGAACACACAUGGGACAGUGUAAAGGCAUAGAGCAGCAAAAAAAAAAUAGAGAAAAUGGAGAUCAGUAGAUGUGGUAGAAGCCUUAUAAUUAGGAAAGAGCUGUGAAGCUUUAGAGAAGGUGAGCCUUCAUAGAAUUGGUUCAUGCUCAGGUAUACUGUCACUCAGCUCCUCAUGGAAAUUCCUGCUGAAAGACUUCCAGUUAUAUUACAUGUUGUCAACAGUUCUUGCUUCUUUAGUAGCAGAAACAGUCUCAUCCUGAUUUCAGUAGAAAACUGUGGAGUUAUCCAUAACCUCAUGCAUGAUCUGUGACUGGAGCAGAUCACAAUACACCUGCUUUCUUCUAAGAUUUACUCAGAAAGGUUGGCAAAGUUUACUAGACACUGUUCCAAUCUUUUUCCCUUGCUUCCAUUUUUCUCCCGUGUGUAUGAGUCUCAUAUGCAAACCUCACCUAUGAGAAAAGGUAAUGCUCAGGUUAUCUAAGAAACUUUCCUUUCUCAUGUCAUAGUAGGAAACUCAAGAAUUCCUUUGCAUAACACCUGGCUAUGGAAUAACUUCUGUAGUUAAGAUGGUAAAAUGAGUUAAAAAUGCAAACACUGAAGUAAUUUUCUCAAUUGCAAAGCAGUAAUUUUAUUAAAAACAGCUGUCAUAUCUUGAUUUUACUUCAAGUCAGCUGAUUUUACUUCAUCAUUUCACAGCCUUGGUAUAUGCCCAUAGCAACCUAAAAAUUGGUAUCUUUUGUUUCUGAGGUAAUUUCUGACUUACAGAACAGGCCAUGAACAGGCCAUAAUAGGGAUCAUGUUGGAUUAGCAAACAAGGAUCUCCCAUUCCACUGCAGUUCUUUAACAAGACUGCAGUUCCUUUAAAUCAAUUCCCAUUGAUUCUCAAGGGCACAAACUGUCCCCUGUGUAAUUUGUUCUGCUUGAGGGCACAGAUAUUUUUCUGUCUAUUCCCCAAGUUCUGUAUUAUUAACAAGCUAAUGUUUAUUCUAACAAACGAGAAUCACUUUUUUUUCCUGCAGGUGCCAUUCUGUGUAUAAGAUAGUCUCAACAGGAGCAGCCGCCUCUGUUGUUCUUCCCAUGCUUGCUCACCUGCCUCUUUAAUCAAAUGUUAACUUAACAAUUGUUAUUUCACAUGCUGCAGAGCCAGACAAAACCCAGUUUGACUUCUGGAUUUGACCAGUGGCAUUAGAAAAUGGGAGAUCCAUCUUCUCACUGUGAGCAGAGUGCAUUGAAAAUGGUACCCUCUGGGAUGCAAUAAAUAUGGUUCAUUAUCAUAUUGGUUUUAUAGCAAUUUUCCAGAGUACAGCUGUCCUUUGAAACUUUGUGCAGCUCUCUGUAAUCUUCUUGUAUUAAAAAAUAAAUAAAUAAAUAAAAGAAAAGGAGAAGAGAGAAAAGAAAAGAGAAAAAAGAAAGAAAAGAAAAGAAAAGAAAAGAAAAGAAAAGAAAAGAAAAGAAAAGAAAAGAAAAGAAAAGAAAAGAAAAGAAAAGAAAAGAAAAGAAACGCCAGCUUUUAAUUGUUCUUCCUCAGCAUACAUUGUUCUCUUGAAAUUUGCAAUGUGCAAGGAGCAUGUCAGUUAAUUCACAUUGGAUAUUUCAAAUGAAUUCCUACAAAAUACAUUAAUUAACCCAGUAAUAAUUAAAAAGAGCAUAUUCUCCAUUCAUUACAAAAUUUAUAUUUGGAUAAGGCUAACUAAUUUGUGUGUUCUUCCACCCUCCAUUUCUUAUUAUACAGAACUCCAAGUCUGUUUUCAGGUUGACUGAUGGAUUUGAUUUGGCAAAAGUGGCUAUUAGUAAAACAAGGGAGUCUUCCAAAGCAAUUUCACAUGAAGCAAAUGAUCCUAAAGGACAGACUUGAUAACAACUGUGCUUACAAAAUCAUCUUCAAUAAUCUACAGCUACGCAAAAAAAAUGACCAAAAGACAGUCUUAGAAGACUGAUGGAGAAACUUUGCCUGGUGUACAUGUCAAUAAGUCAUACUUACACCAAUGCUCUGGACAGGAGCAUUUAUUAUACUGGGAUUUGCUUUGAUUACAGGCAGUUUAUAAUCAUAAAGGGCUUCCCUGAAGGUCCAGCACAGCAAAUGGAUUACUUGCUUUUGACUUUAGUGGAGUCCAAUAAGCCCCAGGAGAAAGCACAUGGGCAUUUUGAUUUUAAAUUUCGCAAUGCCAGUCUAAGUAGAAUUUAUUUUUUAAGGAACCUCUUUAGUAGCUACUUUACAGUGCACUAGAACUUUACUGUCAAGUGAAAUUUUCAGUCUUUGUGGACCCUAUACUGAUUUGGCUAAGUUAUUGAAAAUGUCUGAGGAAGAAAUAUCAGGCUUUGUAUUGAAAGAAACACAGUCUACUGGAAAUAAUACUAAAGCAUUUCUAGGUCUUCCAAUUCUGUUAGUCACUGAAUGAAGCCAAGAUACCUUGCUGAAUACCCAGAUAAAAUAAAAUGUCUGUUUAAAUUUUCAGAUAGCUUGUGAAUAUAUUCAUUUUAUUUUAAUAUUUUCUAUGAAAUAAAAAUUGUCACUUGAGCUACGUAUUUCAGUUUCAAGACAAAUAUACAUCUUUCUGUAAAGUGCAAGUUACUGGGCUCCAGGGAAAAACUUGGACAAGGUGGGGAAGUGAAAUUUUAUCCUAAGCUCAGGCAAGAGUCUUGCUUUUUCUACCCAGCCUGCUAUCCAGCCCUCCAUGAUACUUGCUUGUCAUUCUUCACCACUGAAAGCCCUGAAAUGGAUCCCUGAAAUAAAUAGCAUUUGGAUCCAUUUCAUCUCAUUCUUUAGUGCUGGGUCAUACAGCAACUGGACAGAGGCAGCUCAAUGGCACAAGGAUAGGGAUGAGGCAGGUGCAGUGGAUCCUCUUCUCUGCCAGUUUCUCCAGUGACACAACUCAGUUGGUGAUGGGAAGGGGGGCUGCUUCUUCAUGAGGCAGGUGUUGAUUAUGAGUACUGAGACCUGGAAAUAUUAUUUCUAUUUUGAAAGGAAAUGUGGCAAAUAAAAGUUAUGGCACAGUGAAGAAGAUGUCUACAUAUGUCAAGUACUCACAAUUCCAACACACUGAAACAUCGAGCUGGACUCCCUGGGCUACAACACAUGCUAGAGCAUUGUAUUUUCUGUUGUUUCACAUGCAGAAAAAUGAUUUUUACAUCCAUUGGAAAAGUGUGGCUUUUAACAUCUUUGUGUUUUAUUAAAUCAGACCUGAAAGAAUAUUUGUUCUCUCUUUAAAACAGAGCAUCUUUUUCUGCUUAGGUUUACAUAAAGCUAUAAAAACUUGACUUCUCUGAGAAAUUCCCUCUCAUGCUCAAAAAUUCUGAGCAACUGAACAAAAAAUUCCUGACAAACAUUUUGGGAAAAGCUACAACAUCAUUCCACAUCAAGAAAUCCCACAGUCCAGUCUUCUAGUUUUUCAUCUAGUUCUAGCAGGAAAAAUUUCAAGGCCAUGAUGAGCAGGAUGUCCAAGAGUAAUUGACCAUUACCAUCUCUGUCACCAUAGUACAUACAUUCAGCACUCUGUGAACAUUAGUGACUCCUCAUUUUGGGCUGCCAGAGAUUAAGCUGGCCAAAAUCACACAUCACUUUUGAAAAUCAUAUUUACAAUACAGUGAGCUUAGAAGGAUAAAAUUAAAGGAAAAAAAAAAAAAAA